UGUCGUGUCUUAUCUCUCCCAUUUCUCUCUCUCUCUCUCUCUCUCUCUCUGAGUUCUCAAUCAUUCUUUAAGAGCUACCAGAGAGUACUCUGUUUCCUAAAACUUUCAGUUUCCGAUCAAGAAGAAGAUCGAAUUCCAUAAGAGAAACAUUUGAAAGGUUUCGGAAAUAGCAAAGUGCAUUUUCGGUGCUGACUGAAACCGGUUGAGAGAGAAAGCUUUUCGUGUGUCCCGGCCCAGAUUCGAAACAUUUAUUCCAUUUCCUUUCCCAGUAAAAGCCAUUGGUCACAGGCCCUCUCUUUUCCUUUUUAGCUUUGAAAGUUUCCCAGAAAUUUCCCCUUUUCUUCUUGGUCUCUCGACUCUCCCAUCGCCUUCCGUAGUCUCUCUGCUUGGGGGACUCUCUGUUCCCACAUUUCUCUCUCUCUCUCUCUCUCUCUCAGAGAGUCACGCUCACACUCUUUUUUCUCGGCUCCUUUAUUUGUGCAACUUUCGUUGAAAUUUCUCGUCCUUUAAUAAAAACCCUUUUGAAGGACUAUUAAAAUCCAUUAAUGGUUGAUUUCUCUCCGUUUUAAGCUUCUCUUUGACGUUGCUCUCUCUUUCUGUCUCACACAGACACACACUCACAGCUUUCUUUUACACCCAUUUCUCUUUAUUCUCUUCUCGUGUCUACUACUACUCUCAAAGGAAUCUCAAACGCCACCUUUUUUCCCUUCCCUAUUUCACUCUAACCCCACUCUCUCACUCCCUCACUCACCCACUUGGCUUUCAAUGCUCUGAGCCAAUUCCUCUCAAACAUGAACCGUCACAGCGUUAACCUUAUACCUCCCGUCAAAUACACAGAGCACCAUAACACUACCAAGCUUCUCAAAUCCGUCCAUCAAAGCCUCCCAGACGCCAUGAAACGCAGAGUUGUACGGAUAUCAGUGACCGACGGCGACGCCACCGACUCGUCCAGCGACGAAGAAGAACAACGGCGCUUUACGCGUCAAAGGGUCAAGAAAUUCGUGAACGAGAUCACCAUCGAGUCGUGCCCCAAAGAAAACGAUGAAGGUUCCAGGAGGAGCACUGUAAGGAAGAAGAAGAGUAGUUCUCGGGCUCCGGCGAGUCGCCGGGCGAUGAAGGUUUUGCCGGCGGCUAGGAAGUUCCGUGGUGUCCGGCAAAGGCCUUGGGGCAAAUGGGCUGCCGAGAUCAGAGACCCUCUUCGACGUGUACGGCUCUGGUUGGGCACUUACGACACGGCCGAAGAGGCCGCCAUGGUCUACGACAACGCGGCCAUCCAGCUGCGUGGCGCCGACGCGCUCACCAACUUCGCCACUCCGACGCCGGAGAAGAUCUUCUCCGGCUACAACUCCGGCGACGAGUCUCACAGCAACCACAACCUUUGCUCUCCCACAUCUGUGCUUCGGUGUCCCUCGCCUUCCAACGAGGAGGCCGAGUCGCAGAGCCCGGAAGGUACCAACAGAAUCGCCGCCGAAAUCGGAGACGCACGAGACGAAUCCUGCGUGUCCGAGAACUUUUCGGAUUUUUCGGAGUACUCAGCCUUCGACUCGUUCAUACCCAACAAUCUAUUCGACUUCCAAAGUUCGGUACCGAAUCCAUUCGACGAGACGAGUUUCAGGGACAGCGUUUUCGGGGAAGAAUACUGCGGCGAUAUGCUUCUUAGUUCUUGUGAGAAUUUCGGAUUCGGUUUCUCGACAUUGCAAGUCGACGACUAUUUCCAAGAUAUCGGCGAUAUAUUCGGGUCAGACCCUCUUGUGGUUUGAGUAGAAGAAUCACGAUUCCAUUCCUCCUCGUAUUGCCAAAAGUCGGCAAAUUUUGUAUCGGCGGGAAUGAAAAAUAUCGGAUUUUUUUUGUUUUCAGUUUUGGUAUUUUGUUUUUGUUUUUGUUUUUUUUGUAUUAUUCAUGUGGUUAAUUAUUAUAUUAUUUUAUUUAAUAUCAAUUAAAAAAAUGUCCGUUACAGUAACGGUGACGGACUGAGUUUGGGUU